UACACGUAGGAAAUAUGCGAGUGUGUGUAUCCCACUUCCCGAAAUAAAAUAUCAUGGAAUAUAUUGUCGGGGUCAACUGACGAGGGGUCACGGGAUGCGAACGGCAAGAUGGCGGUGGCGGCCCUGCUGAGGGGGCAGUUUGUUGCGGUGCUGAGCAGCUGAGCUGGAGGUUUGAGUUUGGGUUAUCCGGUGUCUUUUCUCGUUUAAAGUCACGCCCUACAAAAGGAACGGUUGAUGAGAGUUUUAUCGUCUUUUAUUCUCCAACCGGUGAGAAUUGCCCUCGCGGGGAUGUUUGUGGGCUUCUGAAGACUCGAAGGUUGAUCAUGGCUUUCAGGGAGCUGAAAGUUUGCCUACUAGGGGACACGGGUGUUGGCAAAUCCAGCAUUGUUUGGAGGUUUGUGGAAGAUAGUUUUGACCCGAACAUCAAUCCGACAAUAGGGGCUUCUUUUAUGACAAAAACUGUGCAGUAUCAAAGUGAGUUACACAAAUUUCUGAUCUGGGACACAGCUGGUCAGGAGCGGUUCCGUGCUUUGGCACCAAUGUAUUACCGUGGGUCAGCUGCUGCAAUCAUUGUGUAUGAUAUCACAAAAGAGGAGACGUUGCAAACAUUGAAGAACUGGGUUAAAGAGCUGCGACAGCAUGGGCCUCCAAAUAUAGUAGUAGCAAUUGCAGGAAACAAAUGUGAUCUUACAGAUUGCAGGGAAGUACUUGAAAAGGAUGCCAAGGACUAUGCAGAUUCCAUCCAUGCAGUCUUUGUGGAGACCAGUGCCAAAAAUGCAAUUAACAUCAAUGAACUUUUUGCAGAAAUCAGUCGCCGGAUUCCUUCAACAGCUGUCAAUCAAGGAACAAACAAUAAAGGAUUCAAGUUGAGGAGACCUCCUUCUGACAGAAAACACAGUUGUUGUUGACCAUCCUGGAAGCUCAGACUGACUUGGCAUGUGCAUGCCAGAAGAUUGAAGGAUCCCUGUAAAAACGUUGCUCUAGCAUACAGCCUUUUUGCUGUGCUAUCCUCAAUGGAAGAAUAACCACUGCUCAUUAUAUUGUCUCAUUCUUCCACAAAAGUGCUUUAUGCAACACCUUGACCGGCACCUUGUCAACUGCUUGUGUUUUUCUCAACAGUGUGCCCGAGAGCAGAAAAGCCAUUGACCAGGGAAUGCUUAAAUUGUGACCUGGAGCUGUCUGAUGCAGAGGUGCAAAGGAAAACCAUUUUAAUUUUCCUUUUCAUGUAAAUAGAUUAAGGUAAUACACAACAAAGGGAAACAGAAGCACUUUUUUAGUUUAGAUUGUUUUCUAACAAAGAAUCAGACUUCAUUGAAAAUGCACUUUGCAGUUCUCUGCCUUGGUGGAACAGUCUGAAGUAGUUCUGUCAUUAAUACGUAUGGAAAUAUUUUGUUCAUAUAACUGCUUCAAAUCUCACAAUAAAAGAAGAACCUGAUCCCUGAGUAAAACGGCAGUUCAGUCUGCAGAGUACACUUGGGAGUGACAGGAUCCAAAAACCUCGAAUUCCCUCUGGUACUGUUACCAUGUGCAAAUAUUAACGCUAUCUGGGUUAAACUGGUUACUGCUGUUUGUGUGGUAUUUGGGGGGAAAAAAUUGAGAAUGGCUUUAAAUCCAUAUUUGAUAGAAACCAGGUUUAAUCUGUUAUUCAUCUGUCUGGUGUCAGGUUUGAUCACCAACCUCUACCAUUACAUACUCUGCGGUGAGUAAGGGAUUCUAAGAUUGACUAAGAAGAACCUACCAUUCAUCUUCCUAAUUCACUCAUCUGCUGACUGUCUGCUAAUUAUGUAUGCACAUAAGUGACAGCUGAGGACAUGUUGAAUCUCUACUUAUGGUCAAAAACUCCACAAAGCCUUAUGUAUGAAUAAUAGUUGGUUGGCUCCAUGAAACUGUACCUGAGCAAGAUAAAGCAUGUUCAAAGUAGGAUUUGCUGGCUAAUAGUGGCAACAGCUGCAAUAUACACAUAAUACCUACAUGCUAAUGUAUGUUCAGGGCAUCCUUGAUUCUAAAGUCCAGUGACAAAAGAUUCUAAUUGAUAUUGAAGAAAAGAAUGCUUUUUGUUUAAGAAGUUAGCACAAAUUCUAAAAGUAGUUCCCUCAAAUGAUUGUGUUCUUGGGCUGGAAUCUAACAGAAGUAACCGAGUAAAUGGUGCAUUUUGUUUCUGCUGUCUAACUUGGGUAUAAAGGUAUUUACAAACCACACUUGCUUAACCGGAUCUUACAUGAGUUUUAACAAGUAUAAAUUAAAGCACUAGUACUGAGAGUCUUAAGGGAACUGCCAUAUUAACACUAGCCUGAUUUCACCACUUACUAAAAGAAUGAACUACCAAAUAGCCAGAGCUUACAGGACUUGGUACUUAACCUAUUUUGUUUGUUGUUGUUAACAAGUGCCGUAAAGGUGAAAGGAUUGUACAUCUUCAACUGGUGAACUCCAUUUAAUAUAGUAAUGUCAGCAAAGCACUUCCAUUAUGGAAGAAUCCAAAUCAAUUUAGACACAAUUGAAUGAAUAAUUCUUGGUUUUGUGCUCUUCAGAAGAGCAUUUCAGUACCAUUUAAUUGGAGUUGCCCACAGGCAACUUAGUGAUGAAGGGGUUUCUGAAGGUUAAUCGCAAUAUUCUUUCCAUUGUCUGGCCUUUCAGCAUAUUCCACCAGAUUUAUUGAUGUGUUUUUGUUUCCAAGCUGUGUAUGGUUUUUAAAAUCUACAGGUCCUAUUUAUGUAAGUAACUUAAGCCUCACACAGAAGAUUCAAAACGGUUGAGAAAUCUGCUAUUGCAUUAAAGAUUAUAAUCUCUCCUAUUAGCUGGAGGUCGAUAUAGGUUAGCUUAACUGAAAGUAGCCCACCCUGACUGCCAUUUAACAUUUAAGUGUGGAUUUUUUCUUCUGUUAACAAACUUGUAUGCCAUACAGUAAACAUGUUUAUUAGAAGCUCGCAGUAGGGACUGUCGUAUGUAGAGGGAGAUGGAAAGCAGUACACAGGGGAGUAGGUGAGCCCAGGCAUUAAAAUGUUGCUUCCACCAGCUGCAUUUUGAUGAGAAUAUGAAGGCAAAAAUUAAUGUCGACAGCCACAGUUCUGUCCUGUGGAGUCUUUUCUGCAUUCACACAAGAGGAACUGCUUACAUGGUUUUCCCAGUUCAGUUUCUGCUACAGUCUGUGUAACCAUAUGGGAUACAAUUCAGUAACAUUUUGUAGGUUAGGUAUAUGUGGUCUGACUUGGUAUCUCAAAUCAGCCUUAGAAAUAAGGAUCUUGAUCGUGCCUUUAAAGAUCUCGGUAUGUCGCAGGGAGACUCGCAAGUACUAUGAAGUGUCAACCAUAUGAUAGUCAAUUUGCAGUAAUCUGCUAUAAAAACAGAUAAGUGCUUUAAGAUCUAGAUUGAGGAAUAAUUGUCUACCAAAAUUUUGGAAAAAUUUUCACUCUUACCUCCAUCCCAUGAACAAUUACGUAUUAGAAACUAUCAAUGGCUACUUUAAUCUGAAGGACACUACUGGCACUUUUGCAGUAUGACUGCAUUGGAGUUUCAGCCUGUAUCUGCAACCAUCUUCCUUUGUAGUGGUGUGGUUCUACCCAUUGAGUAUUGUCCCCUUGAUACUUCGUUAUUUCAGUGUCAAACAUCUGUCCAUCUCAGUGAUGGGGGUAGUUGCUCUCACCUUGUCUCUAGAAUUCAGCUCAUGUUUGGACAAAGCUCAGCAGAUGAGAGAUCCUGGUGUUACCCAAACUGGGCAGGUUAUUGAUGACUGUUGUCAUUUGUCACUCAUUCUUGAGGAAGAACAUGACAUCCAGUUUUUAGUGUUGUGUAUGGAGGUAACUGAUGAGACCAAUCUCGGCUUGAAAGUUACUUUUUAGAUGUUUAAGGAUACUGAACCAUCAGUGAUUCUUGAUUUUUGAGAUUCACUUUUCCUCUUUGCCUCAUCUAUUCUAGCUUCCUCUUAUGAGCAAGCACUACUUUUUAUGUUGCUAAGCCAAAAAGGACAAUCCCAGUGGGAUGUGUUGAUGUUGAAAGUGCUUCCGGAAAACGUUGCAAACGAUGGCUUCCACCACUUUGAGUGAGAGCAGACUGAGUGAUAGAUUGUUGAAUUGGAUGUGUUCUGCAUUUUAUGAACUUGACCAUUUUUUCACAUUGUUGAGUAGAUGUUGCUUCUUAUUGCAUUGGAUUGGCUUUGCUAGAGGUACAGCUAGUUCUGGAGUGGAGGUCUUCAAAAUCUGUUGUCUGCACCCAUAGCCUUUGUUGUACCCAAUGCUCUCAGCUGUUUUUGAAAUCUUAUGAGUAGAAUUGAAUCGGCUGGAAACUGGCUUUCUGAUAUUGCAGAUCUCAAAAGGAAGCUAUGAAGGGGCGUCUCUUGGGACAUAUAACUGAACAUGGUUGCAAACUCUUCAAUCUUGCCAUUAGUACUUGCAUGCUGGGUCCAGCCACCUUUGAUGUUUGGGAUCUUCUGGAAACCACUUCCCUGUGUUAUUUACCCAGAAUGAUAGGACUGUAGGCCUUUGACGCCAUCUAUUGCUUGCAGGAUCACAUAGCUCUGUCUGUUUCAUGUUGGUUUUGUUUAGCACACAAGUGUGGCAGUCUCAUUUUGCUUUUUUAGAUAUGUCUGAUGUUGCUCAUAGGAAGUCAUUCUGUACUGCUCACUGAAUCAGUUGAUUCACUGAUUGGAUAUCAACGUUAUAUUUCUGCUGCUGUUAAUGAUCCACAUAAUUUCAUACUUGUAAUACUACAUAACAUGAUGGAGGAUGUCCUCAGAGAAAACGAGACUUCAUCCCUAUAAAGACUAUGUAUAUAAUAAUGACAGAUGAAUCUGCCACAGUAGUUUAAAGAUGAGGUUGACUAGAUUCAUCAUUUAUAUUGGUUCAUUCACAGCCUGUUACUAACUCAUUUUGGGAGUUUAAUCUUUCUGGGUUGAUCACUGGGGGUCCUACCAAGCCACUCUUGAUGAUGGACAUUUAAAUUCCCACCAGAAAAUAUGCUGUGCCUUUGCUACACUGCUUCUUCUAGGUGUUGCUCAAUGUGGAUGAGCACUAAUUCUUCAGCUAAAGGAGGACAAUAGUUGACAAACAGGGGAAAGUUUCCAUGUCUACGUUUCACCUGAUGCUACAAGACUUUAUGGGGUUUGGAGUCCAUACCAAAUCUCCAAAGGCUAUUCACUCCCACCUGUUUAGCACUUUGUGUCAUACCUGGUGGAGUUUCCUGCUGGGAAAACAGAACAUCCCCAUGAAUUACAGUAGGAGAUUCUGGAUAAUUGUCCUUAAGUUCUAGGAUAAAGGACUACUUGGCAUUCAAGUAGUCCUUGCAAACAAGUUUUUGGAGGUUGCUGCAGGCUGACUCCAGCAAGCCAUCAUAUCUUUCUGUUCUGAUCAUCAAUCAGAUAUCACCCUUGAGUGGGCUACUUCAAGGGGGGGGGGGGGCAUACGAGUCUUGCUGGCUUGUGUAUGUGCUAACUAGCAGGGAGAAUUCAGACAGCAACAAGAUGGUAUUCCAUCUGUGCAAAGCAGGUCAAGUUCAGAAUUGGAGCCCAGGAUAUUUGGUCUUGGGGCAGCUAGUGUUUGUAUAUGAAACAGCUGUUUGAGCACAAGGAAGUCUUUGUACAAACACUUAUGUCCAUUAGUGACUGAGAAACACUGGCCAAACUGCUUUUAUUUUAGGUGGGUUCAGUUGUUUUUAGGUUGACCAAGCUAAUCCAUCCAUCAUUGCUACCAGUUGCCCACAGACCAUUUUAUUGGAGUCCAUUAUUGACUGCAAUGCAGUGGCCAUCAUGGAAGCCUCCUUGUCAGCAUAACCAUCAAGAAAUCCACUAACUUGCCCUGUGAAAUUAGGUAUGUUCCUCUGGCACAGAUUGCUCCGACUUUAUUUGGUAGCUCUUUGCAUUGGAUUACUGAGGCAGGCUUUCAGUGAUCUAACUGCUGUUGAGGGUACAGGAAGUAGUAAUGCACAACACUUCCCAAGUGCACUCUGCUUUUAGACUCAGUCAUGCCUGAUAAAUGUCUUCCUAAACCAUAUCUUUCCAUGAGCUAUUUCUUUUGUUCUUUUAUGUCUCUGCAUUUUGUUAAAAGCCUGACUUUGUCCAUUUUAUCUGCUUUCCAUAUAUGUAACUAUGUAAACUAGCAGUUUAAGUAGGAUAUCCAGAUUGUUCCUAACAUCAGUCGCAUUUUACAUUUCCUCCUGCUUCAUUUUCUUCUUUUUCUAGAUACCAAUCUCCAAUGGUGAAUGUUCUUCAAUGUUGAGUCUUCUGACAAUUGGUUUCCCAGCAGACUAAUAUUGAUUUACAAGUUUGUGCCAAAUUUGUCAUGUUUUGAUUCUCGACUGUGACUGUGUUUACCAAAUUAAUUAAUUGACUGAUGCUUUAAUUAUUAAUCUUCAAUUUUUGUUUCAAUUUACCAUUUUUGUACAUUGUAGAAUUAUUAGUGCUUUUAUAAUGUAUGUCUUUUCCAAUAGCUUAUGUUCACUAUUUAUAUAGCCCCUGUGUUCCUAUCUUGUCUUUCUGUGUUACUUACAGAUCUCAUUCCAACCACACCCUCCCACCUCCCAAAAAAAUUGGGUUCCCUUUAGAAGAAUGAGAGAAGAUAUAAGUGUAGAUAUUAGCAUCUGGAGUUGAUUGUAUUAUUACUUUGAAUCAAUUCAUCUCCCAUUAAGCAUGAAAUUCUGCAACCUAUUAAGUUUAAAUUGAAUUUGAUGCAAGUUGAGUUCAUAAAUGAUUUUUUUUUUGCUUGUUUUAUUUUCAAAAGGUCUUUUAGAAGCACACCCAAGUCAUCAAAAUAGCCAGAAAAUGAAAGAAAAAUAACAGGAUUUUGGCAUAAGGGAUGGCCAUUCAGAUAUAAUGUAUGCAUAAUUUGUGUAGGGGACUAGGAAACUCUGGAAUUCUUACCAGAAAUGCUUUGUCAUUAACUAUAUUUAAAGCUGAAAUCAAUAGGUUUUUUAGAUGUAAAGUAAAUGAGGAAAUACUAUGUUGAUUGGCUAGAAUAAUGGAUUUGGGAUAAAGGACAGCUGUUUUAUUCAAAGUCCUUGUAUUCUUGGGCCAGUUUGAAUUCUGUUCCUUGUGCUUCUGUCCUUCUAUCAGGAGUUAUGAGAUGUAUUUUUCUUCAGCCGGUGGUAAUAAAGAAUCAAUGUUGACAGCAGUCGUAUAUUGCAAAUAUGAUGCAGCAAGGGUAUAAGGUCCUGAAGACAUUCCUGUCGUUGGAAUGCAUUAGUCAUCAGUGCUUCAGAGGUAAAAUCUCUUGCAUUUUUUGUAGUUGGUUAGCUUCAACACUCGUAAUUUCAGACGCAUGGGGAAAUUACGUUUCCUUCUGCUUUCUGAAAAAUUUCAUUCAAAUAGACUUGAUGGAUCUAAGAUAAUGAUUUUUCUCAAUAUUGUGGAGUAUAAGAUGGAUCUACAGUUCUACAGUGUGCUGUAGCGCUAAAAGUGUUGCAGUAAAUGUUGAUAGGUUAAGGGAAUUGGUAAACGUUUUUAUUAUUAUAAAGUAUUUGGUAAAGUAAUUAGGGAGAAACAGUUUGUGCCGUUGUGCAGCAGAGAACAUUACAAUUGAAACUAUGUACAGGCCUAUGGAGGAAAAUGGGGAAGUAAUGAGAUGCUCUUUAAAAGACUGCAUGUGUAUGAUGUCAGAAUGACUCUAAUCUUUGUAAUCCAUCAACUUGGAUAAUGGAAAAGAAAUUUACUUGUGAGGAAUUCUUUUGUGUGCAUCAGAGGGAUAUAGUGUGUUGGCUGUUUACUCAUUUAAACUAGGAUAAAUUUAGCUGUUUCUGCUUUUUCCAUCAGUGGAAGCAAAUGCUGUCAGUUGACGGGGGUAGGGGUGGUGGUGAGAGAGUGAGACUGGCUUCUGCUUAACCAACACUUCUAUAAAAUUGUUGAGACUGGUUAUAAAUUGACUUAAGUGUCCCUACUAGAGUUGUUAAUGGGAACCUAAAAAAUUGCCACCCAAAUGAAGGUAAGCAUUUGUGCUGUUCCAUUUGCAAGCUGUGGGAGUACCUGUCAACCCAGAGAAAUAGUUGCAUCUUCCCAUAUACACAUAACAGAAUAUGUUAGCAGAAAAGUCUUCCACAUUUGGGGAAUUUUCCCUUGUUGUGCUUUGCGUUUGGUAGUGUCCAUGUGGAAUUUGCACGUUCUCCCUGUGACUGCGUAGAUUUCCCACCAUGCCAUAAAAGCAAAUUGCCUCAUGAUUUGGUGAGUGAUGAAAUGUAGUUGGGAGUUGAUAGGAAGUUAGGGAGAAUAAAAGGAUUGGUAUAAGAUUUGUGUGAAUAGGUGCUUGAUGGUUGGUGUGGUCACUAUGGGCCAAAGGAUCUAUUUCUGUGCUAUUUGACUCUGAUUCUGAGUACUCCAAGCUCUUUCACUGCAAGAGAUUACCAAAACAAACCACUUUACUGAGUUCCCAAAUUCUCCGUGUGGAAAUCUAAUAUCCUCAGCAGCCCAUCAGCACAGACUAGGAAUCCCUAGACUGUGACUGAUCAGAAUGGAGGAAGAGCAUCUGGGAAGGCACUUAGUCUCUGUCACAGGAGCACACGUGGCCAUGUAUAGACAACAGAGUUGAAAAAUAUCCCAAACAACCCAUCCACCCAUCCUGCCUGUGGCCAUGUGGGAUUCAGCCAUAUCCAAGCCUGCAAAAUAGAUCAGAGGCAACAGGUCAGCAGAAUCAUGGUUAAUUUCUGCUACACUCCCCAGCACAUUAGCUGUUGCUGAGAGAAUUGAUUCUUCCUAGUAUUGUGAAACAACAUGAAACCUAAUAUGAUGCUCUUGUAGUCGUGGAUAUUAACUUUUCAUAGAUAUUUCGAAGGAAAAGAUAAUCCAUUCUUUCAAAUCAUAUCACUGGGAGAAGGGAAAGUUAGCUGUUGCCAUAAAAAAUCACCUUUGAUUUGCAAUUAAACAUGUUUACAUGCUCAUGUUCAGCAUCAGCAGCAUUGUAUUGGAUUUUAAAAAUGUACCUGAUUUAAUCAGUUCAGUAUUAUGCAUGCAGUUUAAAUGCUAUCAAAGUUAUGUCCUUGUACUCUGAAGGUUUAUACAACAAAGCAUAUCUUUCUCUAUCCCCGCCCCCCAUUGCCCUAAGCAUCUCUUCAUAAAACCUCUUCCAAUUUCACCUUGCCUCCCCAAGUCAACCCAAUCCACGCUUUAGUAAGAAUUUUCCAAGGGAGCAGUGUGAAGAGAUGUGGACCCUCUGUUGUACUUUUUCACUGAUCAUGUGCACUUGUUUUGCCUGUUGCAAAGCAAACACAUUCAGAAUGUGAUGACUUUUUUUUAAACUGCUGUGUGGAAUCCAGGAAUGCAAGUAGCAGAAACUGUUCCAAAGCCUCAUCCAGUCAGGAAUUAAUCCUUGCCUCUAAACAUAAGCAUGGGUGCAAGUCAAGAGAUAGGUGCAUGUUGCAACACAGUACAUAUUCUGGCUCCAGUGUUGACAUAGUACCUGCAACACAUCCAGACACACAACGAUUAUGACAAUAUUGAAAGUACUGUUGAUUGCUGAUGCUCUAAAUUUGUUAUUUUCCUUCCCAGAAAAUGGAUGCAUUCAGUACAAUUAGACAGAAGAAUUGAUUCUUUUCAUUUAAACCAGCUAAGUGCCUUUCAAGGUCAUAUUGUCAACAAAAAAAAGUUCUCAUCCUGAAAGAAGUAGCAUUUUAUCAUUUCUUGGUGUUACUGUGAUGACGUGGGGCUUUUGAAAUGCUGAGGGAGAUGGUGCUGGUAUUCUGUAUGCCUUAGUACAGAGAUUUUUUUGGUUAUUCCUCGGAAGAGGCAACGGCUUCUGAUUAGCACUAACUGCAGUGUCACAACCUAGCACAGAAAUCUUGGCUGGCAUUCUUGGUACUGAAGAAAUACUGUCUCAUGAAUCUGAGCUGUAUUUGCCCUUAUGGAUAUAAUUGCUGGCGUAUCCUGAGCAAGGGAGUAUGUUCCCUGUGUUCUUGCUAAUUAUUAUUCCUCAGUCACCAUUAAUGAAGCAUCUGAUGAUUAUCACCUUUUAAUUUGUGGUACACUGCUUUGGCCUCAUUGGCUGCUGCGUUUCUAAUAUUAAAACACUGACUAUAUCUAAGGUACUCCAGUGGCUUUAAAGUGCUUUGGGAUGUCCUCAAAGGUGUGUGUGUGUGUGCUAUAUCAAUGCGACUCGUUUUACAGCUGAAAAUCCUCUCUGGAAUCGGCCCAAGAUUGACAGCGUUUUGAAUAGUAAUGUAUGGUUUUUAGAUAUUGUAGAUAAUUGCUCAUCAACUAAUAUGCUAAUUAUUUACAGCAGCAGCACUGAUACAAAUCCAUGCCCGCUGUUCAAUUUGCUCUAAUGCAUGAAAAGUUGCCUGAUUACUUAACAUGAAGAUUUUUUUUGCUAAGCUUAUCUGAAGGAUAGAAUAAACUUGGGCUGGUCCCAAACACGGGAUUGUUUAAUCGUUCAUUACCUAUAUAACAUCAGGUAAAAGUAUAUAACUUGUUUAACUAUUAAUAUUUGUAAUACUGAAUUAUAUUGCUCAUAUUUUCUUUGUAACCAGUAGAUUAGGUUGACAUAUCAAUAUUGAAUCACUUAAACCAGGAGUUGCUGUUACUUGUGUAGCUAAUAAUUCCUUAAAAUCACUACAUGAUCCUUGAUGUAUUUUCUAAUGUGCAAGAAGAAGUUGUAUGCAGUUUCUUAAUAAACUUAAUGUUUUUGUU